AAUCUCCAAACAUUUCUCUCUUCCAAACUACUGUAUCAAAUAUGGAGGCUAAACUUCUUGGUCCUCUUGUGGAUGUCACAAUAUCUAAGGUGAUUUCAGUUACUACUGAGCAACUCAACUUAGCAGUGGGAUUCAAGCAGGAACUCAAGAAGUUUCAUGUGAUGCUCAAAACAUUGGGGGGCGUAUUGCAAGAUGCUGAACAGAAGAAGGUGACAAGUUACUCUAAUCUGCAACCUUGGCUUGAGGAGCUUAAAAAUAUAGUUGAUGAAGCUGACGAUGUGGUAGAUGAGAUUGCAUAUGAACAUCUACGGUACAAGGUAGCUCAAAUGUGGGAAAAGGUCAGCUAUUUCUUUACUCUUUCCAAUCCUUUAGCUUUUCGCCUUAAGAUAGCUAACAGGAUUAAGAAUUUAAAUUUAGAACUAGCUGACCUUAAUAAUGGGGCCGCUGGGUUAGGGCUACAAUAUAGACUUGCAAGCAAGCAUCCUGAAUAUAUAGAAACCCAACAAACAGAUCCCUCAAUUAGUGAUCCAUCAAAAAUUGUAGGAAGAGAAAAUAAGGUCCUAAAAGUCGUUCAAUCAUUGAUUGACUCAAGUAAUGAUCAAUGUCUCCUUGUUGUAUCCAUAGUGGGUACGGAAGGCAUAGGCAAAACUGCUGUGGCCAAACUAGUAUGUACCAAUGUUGGGAGUAGGGUUCUUGUCACAACUCGAAGUGAAAAAGUAGCUUCCACAAUGAGAACACUUUCUAAGCACAAGCAUCAUCUCGAGAAGCUAACAGAUGAGGAUUGUUGGUCCAUAAUCAAGAAAAGAGCAUUUGUUAGCUCAUCAUUCCCUCCAGAAUUGGAGAGGAUUGGAAGGGAUAUUGGUAGCAAAUGUAGAGGUUUAGCAUUAGUUGCAAAUUUGAGUUUCAAUCGCUUGCCAACACCUGCUUUGAAACAAUGUUUUGCAUUUUGCUCUGUUUUCCCUAAAGAUUCUGUCAUGGAAAAGGAGAUGUUAAUGCAGCUCUGGAUGGCUGAAGGAUUUCUUCAGCCUCUUAGUGAAAGAUACAUGGAGAUGGAGGAUAUUGGUGAUAGGUAUUUCAAUUCAUUGUCAUCAUAUUCUUUAUUUCAAGAUGCUGAAAGAGAUUCUUAUGGGAGCGUUAUUGCUUGCAAAAUGCAUGAUUUAGUUCAUGAUCUUGCACAAUUUGUUUCAAAGUCCCAAACUUUGAUUUUGGAAGAUGGCAGCGGAAGGAAUAUUCCUGCAGACAUUCGACAUUUAAAUGUCAUUUCUGAUAAGGGUACGGCAGCAACAAGAUUUGGGGAUGCCACUAAAUUAUUGCACACUUUGUUUUCACAAGUUGAUGUCUUUCACAAUAUGUCCAUGAACUUGAGAAAGUUGCGGCUUCUUAGUUUUUGCGGUGCUAAUAUUGAUAAGGUGCGGCUUGAAAGUUAAAACUCAAUAAAAUAAUAUAAUUGAGUUUUAAUU